AUGGGAUGGGUAGAAAACGUCAACGCCAAGGUUGCGACCAGCAUUUUUGGAAAAUGGUUUCGCCUGGAUGGCAGCGGCCACCCUAGGGAACGAAGGGGCUCUUAUUUCAUCACCGAGAUACGUGCCGGCCUGACAACUUUCUUCGCCAUGGCCUACAUCAUAGCUGUGAACGCCGCGAUUGUCUCAGAUUCCGGCGGCACUUGCGUCUGCCCCUACGCUGCUGACGAUCCGACAUGUGACAAAGAUCAAACCUAUUUGCUGUGCAUUCAAGACAUCAAGCAAGACAUUGUCACUGCCACGGCUGCCAUUUCGGCUCUUGCCUGUGUGUGCAUGGGUCUUUUCGCCAAUCUACCAGUGGGUUUGGCGCCUGGAAUGGGCUUGAACGCCUACUUUGCCUAUACCGUUGUUGGCCGUCAUGGUACCGGACUCGUUCCAUACCGAGUUGCUCUUACCGCCAUCUUUGUCGAAGGCUUCAUUUUUCUCGGUCUCGCCAUCCUCGGAAUGCGGCAGUGGCUGGCUCGCGCAAUUCCGCAUUCUAUCAAAGUUGCCACGGGUGUCGGCAUCGGGUUGUACCUGACCCUGAUAGGAUUGACGUACAGUGACGGCAUUGGUGUCGUCGUCGGUUCCGCAGCCACGCCACUGGAGUUGGCUGGUUGCUCGCCCAAAAACCGUCUCGAGGAUGGCACAUGUCCAAGCUGGGAUAAGAUGCGUUAUCCCGCCAUGUGGAUCGGCGUUUUCUGCGGCGGCAUCUUCACCGUAGUGCUGACCAUGUUCCGAGUCAAAGGUGCCAUCAUCAUCGGCAUUCUUCUCGUCAGCAUUAUUUCGUGGCCUCGCGAAACUCCCGUCACAUAUUUCCCACACACAAGAGUCGGCGACGCCUCGUUCGAUUUCUUCAAAAAAGUGGUCACUUUUCAUCCCAUCAGGAAGACCCUCAACGUUCAGGACUGGGAUGUCUCUGAAUACAGCGGCCAAUUCGGCCUGGCGCUCAUCACCUUCCUCUACGUCGAUAUUCUCGAUGCGACUGGUACGCUGUACUCUAUGGCUAGAUUUGCCGGUCUCAUGGACCCGGCAACCCAAGAUUUCGAAGGUUCUGCAGUGGCUUACAUGGUCGAUGCGGUCUGCAUCUCGAUUGGCGCUGUCUUUGGCGUGCCUCCCGUCACUGCCUUUAUCGAAUCCGGUGCUGGUAUCUCUGAAGGAGGCAAGACGGGGUUGACUUCGAUUGCCACCGGUCUUUGCUUCCUCGUCUCCGUCUUUUUCGCUCCCAUCUUCGCGUCGAUUCCUCCAUGGGCUACGGGAUGCGUUCUCAUUCUCGUCGGAUCCAUGAUGGCCAGCGCUGUCCCGGACAUCAACUGGAAGUACAUGGGGGAUGCUGUCCCCGCAUUUCUGGCCAUCUGCCUCAUGCCAUUCACCUACUCCAUCGCAAACGGCCUAAUUGGCAGUAUUUUUUCCUAUGCAAUCAUCAAUGGCACCGUCUGGCUCAUCAGGAAGAUUUCGAGCGGACGCCUCGUGCCAUCCAACAUGGAGGAGCAGGAAAACUGGACGUGGCGCAUGUCUGGGGGGUUCCUUCCACCGUGGUUGGUUCGUCUUGCAAAGGGUCAAAAGAACUUUUGGCGCGAGGAUAUGCCAACGGCGGAUAACGGUGCAGAGAAAAAGCUCAGCUCAGACGAGCAGUCGGCUGCCGAAACUGUCCUUCAAGACAGCAGUACUCGUCCUGGGGAGGUGACGCAUGCCAAGACUUGA